AUGUAUUACUUUUUUUUGGAUGUUAUCAGUAAGACUGUGGACAUUUUCCACAAAUACUAUAAGUGUGACUAUCCAAAAAGCCCACAAGUAAAGGAUGGAUUAAAGCGUCUUCUAAAUGAAAGAUACAGGGAUGAUGUCAAUAGCUUCAUGGACCACUUUGUUCAUCCCACACAAAGUCUUCUUAGCAGUUUGGAGGAUAAGAAGUUUCCCCUUUGCUUACCCAAUGGCAAAGUAGUUCUUCAUCUGGUUCCUCCUAUGACCAAAUUGGCAGUUGGGGAGUUCUUUUACCAGGUGGGCCAUACUAAUCCACGCACUUUAGUUGUUAAAUUUGCAAAAUACGAGCAGAGAGGGACUAAAGUGAAUGAAUUGCAGCGCUCAAAAGUUCCUGAAGAUGACCAUGACAUUGCAUUCACCAAAGAGUACUUUGACCAAAUAAGGAGUGAGGUUCCUGAUGGACUGGGAGAUGUUCUGAUGCGUACCCUUGUUGUCAUGGGUAAUCCAAACUGGA